CGGAGGCUGGGCUUCGUGCGUUGAGCCGCAGCAGCAGCUGCUGUUUUGUUGCAACUCGCUUGGCUCCGCUGCUCGCCCGAGGAGGACCAGGUGUUUGAUAUAUAUAAGGGAGAAAAAUCCCUUUGCCCUUUCCUGGGACCAACCAGAGCGGCCCGCUGGAGCCUUUGCAACCAUGCCAGGCGCUUUUCUGCCCCUCCAGCAGCAGAGGUGGCUUGGCAGUCUAGGGAGGCUGUGGAGGGAGUGGGGCGGUGGCCCCAUCGCGGGUGGAGGGAGGCAAGGGGACGGGGCCAGGCUCCCCUCCUUUGGCACAGCUGUCAGCCGGUGGGUGUUUGCACAGGGCAUCCGGAGCUGGGCUGUAGCUGCCCCCUUGGCCAUGGCUGCUAAGGUGGAUUUGACCACGUCCACUGACUGGAAGGAGGCUAAAUCAUUUCUGAAAGGACUGAAUAACAAGCAGCGGCGUGCACAUUACUUCACCAAAGAUUUCGUCAAACUGAAGCAGAUCCCAACAUGGAAAGAAAUGGCCAAAGGCACUCGGAUCCAGCAACCCGAAGAAACCAAUUACCCCAAGGAUAAUAAUCUGAACGGGAAAAUCUCCCUCUUCCGAGGAGACAUCACCAAGCUAGAGGUUGAUGCAAUUGUCAAUGCUGCUAACAGUUCCCUGUUGGGAGGAGGCGGCGUGGACGGAUGCAUCCACCGCGCGGCGGGACCUUUGCUGAAAGAGGAAUGCCGGAGCCUGAACGGUUGCGAGACCGGGAAAGCAAAGAUCUCCUGUGGGUACCGUCUCCCAGCUAGAUUUGUGAUUCACACCGUGGGGCCCAUCGCCCAGGGGGAGCCCAGUUCCUCCCAGCAGACCCAACUCGCAGACUGCUACAAGAACAGCUUGAAACUUGCACUGGAGAACAAGUUGCAGACAGUGGCCUUUCCCUGUGUUUCCACUGGGGUCUUUGGCUACCCCAAUGACGCUGCUGCGGAGGCUGUUCUCAACACGUUACGCAAUUGGCUAGAAGACAACAAGGACAAGGUUGAGCGCCUUAUCAUCUGUGUUUUCCUGGAAAAGGACGAUGAAAUUUAUAAGGAGAAACUGCCGAAGUUUUUUCCCAUCGCAGAUCCCUGUGAGGAAACUCCGUCCUCAAAGCUCUGAAGUGGCUUCCUUGCAAAUCCCGCUGGAGACGCCAGAUCUUUUCCAAGGGGAAAGCUAGAAGAAAACACCCACCCUUCUUCCCCAGGCGCCGUUGGCCGCAAUUCCAGAAUAAAAAUGGCAAAGACAAUCCA